GGUAAACGCGACACGCGAGGAACUGUUCCUCCUCCUUCGCAGAAAAACGCACGGAUGUGCACGUUCCAGGAGGGGAGUAAAACCACCUUCCGGUGCUUUCUCAUGCAGAAGGGCAGCGGUGUGAGGUUGCCAGUUUGGAGCUCGUCUUCCCCUUAAAUUGGACCCUUCAAGCCACGACUGGCCGGGCUUGAUACCUCGCUCUCCGUCCUCCGCGGUGGUGGAGCUGCUGUCGCACCGCGCUGAAAAUAACGACCACUUUAAGUGGAUCAUUAAAGAAUGGAUAGUACGUCAGUCACUCACCCCGCAGAGUCAACAUUUGAGAGUUGAUUAACCAGGAGCCGUCAAGCAGACAGAAUCAGUGGAUUUACCUUUUUUGGUUUGGAUGAAUCUGCAAAGAAACCGCGGCGAUACACUUCGUGAAGGACGUUCAUGAACCCGGUCCCGUGUGGUCUGAACGAGAAGAACAGGGCAUGCUCAUUGGACGGCGGUGAUACAUUUGAGACCAACUGGUUUGGACUGUAAGGACAUGUCUCUACCCAAGCGGAGGAAAAUCAGGACUUUUGCCCUCCUGUUUUGCGUCAUUACGUUUACAACAUUCCUGUUCAGUUACACUUUCGGGGACCCAUCGCUCUACUUCAAGCACGCGUUUCGCCUGUCGGACAACUUUCUCUCCAAAGGGCUAUGUGCCUGUCGCCAGUGCAUGAUGGAGCAGGACGAGGAUCCUUGGUUUGCUGAGCACUUCAAUCAGUCCGUCCACCCUCUGAUGACCAGGGAGAACAGCGUGCUCUCCGAUGAAACCUUUAAAUGGUGGCAGUGGCUGCAGUCAGAGAGCCAGCCAGCCGACUUCAACGAAGUGCUGGAGGAGCUGUUCCAAGUCAUUCCUGAUGAGGUGCUCUACAUGGACGCCAGCCCCGAGCGCUGCAGGACCUGCGCCGUGGUGGGGAACUCCGGGAACCUGAAGGGGGCCCACUACGGCCAACUCAUCGACUCCAGGGAUUUCAUCAUAAGAAUGAACCAGGCACCCACCAGCGGUUUUGAGGAGGAUGUCGGCACCAGAACGACACAUCACGUCAUGUAUCCAGAAAGUGCCAUAGACCUGGACAACAGCACAAUUCUGGUGCUGAUCCCGUUCAAGACUCUGGACCUGCAGUGGAUCGUUAGCGCCCUGACCACGGGCACUAUUAAAUACACGUAUGCACCGGUUAUGUCCAGGAUAAAGGCAAACAGAGAUAAGGUGUUGAUUUACAGCCCAACAUUUUUCAAAUAUGUCUACGAGAGUUGGCUCGACGGUCACGGCCGGUAUCCUUCCACCGGCUUCCUCAGCUUACUGCUCGCCAUCCACAUAUGCGAUGAAGUCAGUGUGUUUGGAUUCGGUGCGGACCAGAAUGGAAACUGGCACCACUACUGGGAGAAGAACCAUUUGGCCGGAGCGUUCCGACACACGGGAGUCCAUGAUGGGGAUCACGAAUAUAAUGUCACUCUGCUGUUGGCAGACAAGCACAAAAUCCAAAUGUUUAGAGGCAGAUGAUGCCGAGCCCAUAUGUGCAGUGGGACGAUCGCCACACCAACUCCUGCAGCCUUUCAAAGUUUAGUUCUCCUUCCUCCUCACGCUGGAAGAACAUUUUUUUUUGUCAUGUUUUCUAAGACAUUGUCAAAUAAACUCUUCUGGUCUGUCCACUUUCCUUAUCUUCACCUAGGAUCGUAUUUAAAUGGUAAUUUUGGUGGAGCCUAUUUUCCUAUGUUUUUGUGUGUAAGUGACUGAUGGGAACAAGAACCUUUGAAAUUGGACAAAGCGAGAACACUGUCCUAUCAUAUAGGGCAAUGUGCAUUGUUAAUUAUGUCAACUCAAAGUGCUUCAUUUUGUCAAUUAAAGGCUUAGAUUAUAAUUCUAAGUGUGUGACAACAUUAUUAAAGACCUUAUAAUGUGUUUUU